AUGAACACGAAGAAAGUUUGCAGAUGGGCGCCAGGAGUAGUUGAGAAAAAGUCGAAAAAAAGAAGAUUAAAUGUCUGUUUUUUUUUUCAAAUAAUUGAUAUUGCAUCGUGUUCAAGCUUCACCUUUCCGCGGACCGAAGCAUUGGAGCAAAUUCACUCAGCGGCCGAAGUCGCCGACAUUCAAAGUUGAAAAUCCAAAAGCGAAAUUAUGCAAAAUUUGAAUUUUAAGAGCGUUUUGGUUGGAGAAGAAGGAAGAGCAGGGCUUUUCCGAGAACCAACAGUGGGAAUGUUCGCGAAUUCUAGAAGUUCAAAAAAAGCUUCUCCGCAGCAGAAACCUUUGUAAUUUGUUAUUUUAUUUCUUUUAUCGUUCACAAAAUUCAAAAGAACCUGAAGUAGUUUCAAAAAAAAGUUUUUUCAAGAGCACUUGAGAAAUAUUUUUUUCAUUCUCAAGGCUAAAAAAAUUUCCCUUCAAUGGAAGCUUUGAUAAGACCCUCGGGAGGUCGCCUUAGUGUUUUCUAGUACCUUAAAGUUAUAAGUCUAAUAUAAGUUCAGUACCAUCGAGCAAUUAUGAAUAAAUUCAUUGGAAACGGUUUCGGACCUGAAGCAGAACAGCAGGAACAAGAAAUUGAGAGAAAUUCUCCAGGCGGUUUUCAAUCUAUCUUUUUCUAAUAAUUAUUUGAAUUUCAGAGUUCUCAAUAAAACAAGAGCUGGAGGAUUCCUUUGAUAAGUGAAUCUUUUUGCAAAAUGAAGAAAAAAAAAGUUAAAAUUUCAGUGAGAAGGGAUUGGUUGAAGUGGAGCAUGAGGAGCAAAAUAAUGAAGGUUUUUUCUCAGGAAAUCAUAAAGUUAAACUAGGAUUCUAGCCGAAUUGUGGGAUUUGAUGUCACCAGAUUCGAGUUUUUCUGGUUCACCGCCUAAAAAUGAACGUUUGAAACGGUUUGAAAGGAAGAUAAUCAAUUUUAAAUGUCAAUAUUUUUUUUCAGGAAAUUGGAGGAAAUUGGUGAAAGGAAUAGUGAGAAAGUCAGCUAUGCGAAAGUUUCGCGUCUAAUUGAAGCUGAAAAAAACGGGAAGGUUAAAAAUAUAAAUUUUUUUUUGAAUGACUUUUUACGAUUAAUGUACAUAAACAGAAGUUGAAAAUGAAGUAGUGAAAAAAAUUGGUACUUUUUCUUGAAAUUCAUUUAAAACUUUUUGAAAAUUCCACCAUGGAUAAAAGUGCACAAGAAGAAGUCCAAUAACCAAAAAUUAUAUUAAUUUUCAUUCAAAAAAAGUUUUUAGAGCCUCUGA